UGAUACAUCUCAAUAGUCUCCUUCUUAUUGGUGGUUUGAGCCUUGAAACAUCCUGCCACCUGCUGUGGGCCACAAACAGAGAACAGAGAAGGACCAGGCUUAGACACAUCAGACCAACUACUCAACUACUACUCAGUCAGAAAGGUGAUCAUAAGUAAGUUAAUACUGUCAGCAAAAGUAAAUUAGAAUCAUAGAUAUUACAAUAAGAGGUCAGACAGACAGACUGCAGUUAGUUAAGAUGGUUGACUAUGUCAAUAAACAGGUUAUUGAAUUAAACAAGGUUAUUGAAGGAAACGAGAAUAGAGCAACGAGGAGAGUAAAGACUGAGACCUAUCUCUCAGAUGGAAGAACAAGACUCUACAGGCUGGCUGCUGUGUGUUUUGGGAUGAUGUGUAUUCUACAAGUCAUUCUCAACAUCUCCCUAAAGCUAGUUUUCUGUACCGGAAGAGUGGUGGAACAGAGGGACAUGGGGGUCCCAACAAGGACUCUGUUAGGGUGUAUUGAAGGAUGGAGGCUGUCAGGAUCCAGCUGUUACUUCCUGUCUACUGAGAGGAAAACCUGGGAGGAGAGCAGACAAGACUGUCUGGAGAGAGGAGCAGACCUGGUGGUUGUAAACAGCAGAGAUGAACAGAAAUUCCUCACUGGAUUAAACAGGAAUAUUGAUCAUGUUUGGAUCGGUCUGACUGAUAGAGAGACAGAGGGGACCUGGAAAUGGGUGGAUGGUACACCACUGGUCACAAGGUACUGGGGGCGUAACCAGCCUGAUAAUGGUGCUGUUUUUGUAGUACACAUAGGAGAGGAGGACUGUGUUGAGAUUAAUUAUGGGUAUCUUGACCCUGUAUAUAAAUGGAAUGACAUAGCAUGUAACUCUCAAUUUAACUGGAUUUGUGAAAGGGUGAUAUAACAAACAAUAGCUUAUUAUGUACAGUAGCAUUGCAUGUAGGUCUCUCUCUCUUUCGCUCACUCUCUAUAUGGUUAGGGUUAGGCAUAAGAUUAACAGUGUGGUUAGGGUUAGGUUUACAAUCAGAUUUGAAGAAGAUACAUUUUAGAAAUAGGCAGGGUUUCUGACUUUGCAAUUAGGCCAGAUAGUGACAACCGAGAAAUAGUGGUAUUAUAGACUUGCCUAUGGGCUCUUUCUCAACUCACCUUUCCUCGAUUCCUCCUCACAUCCUCUCUCCUCCUCUCCUCAAAACACAUUGGAGAAUACAAUCCAAGGGGAGGGACCUUGUCCUCCUCUUAUAGAGUUGAGGGUGAGGAGAAAAGCAGAGGAGAUUAAAUAAAAUGUAAAAAACGUGGAGUAGACGUUGAAUUUAUGUCUGUGCCCAGUAGGACUGUACUCUGUAAAAUGUUUGUAUUAAUUGAUUUUAUUAGGAACGUGUCAUUCCAUAGGCUUAGGCACAGAAAGUCAAGUAAUAAAGGAGCAGUGUACUAGCAGGUGUACCAGAUUCAUGCUUGAAUGUGAUUGGUUCGUUAAAAUAGUGUGACAUGAACACAGACAGAGGGUAGAACAGUACUACAAAAAAAGUACUACAAAAAAAGUACCUAAAAAAAAGUAUGAAAAUGCAAGUCGCUUUGGAUAAGAGCGUCUGUUAAAUGAGUAAAAUGUCAAAUGUACUAAGAGGACACAGAUACACACCGCAUGCCGAACGCAGGCACGUACACAAGCAUGCAGGCAGGCACACACUUACACAUACACACAAGUGUGAAGUUCAGCAUACAGUAGAUAUUAACAUUAGGAAUCAGUUAGAAAGGUAAUCAUACAGUAGAUAUUAACAUUAGGAAUCAGUUAGAAAGGUAGUCAUACAGUAGAUAUUACCACUAGGAGUCUUUUUUUCUUCUUAAAGGGGUGGAUCAGCUUAAUAUUGCAGAAAGAAUAUUGGUUCCAUCAAUGUAAUUGUCUGCAUCAUUUCCAAUCCUCCAUAUAUUUUUUGGGGUAAAUAUAUAUAUCCAUACACGCAUGCAUACAUAUACACAUGUAUACAUACACAUACCUAUAUAGACAUACAUACUUUUUUAAAGAAUAUACCUUUAUUAUUAUUCCCCGCAAACCCUACCACCGAUCCCCCAAUUGGAGUAAACUAAUAAACACUUCGGCUUUUACAAUUUAUACAUCUUAUACACAUUUUACAGACACAGUCUAUUUUACAAUAGUUAUUUUGUUUGUUUUUAGUCCUUCCUCUAUUUCUGAUGUCCAUCCAGUUUGAUUUCUAUUUGUAACUGUGCUAUUUCACAAAGGAUCUGAACCUGUAUACAUUUUACAGACCCCGUAUGUUUUACAUGGUUUAUCUUGCUAUUAGUCCCACCUUUCAGCUCCAUUCAACCUCUCCCAUCUAUCUCUCAACAUCAUUCAUUUUGGAUUUCUAUUUGCCAUAUAUUUUUCAACUGUGCUGUGAUGCUUCACAAACCAAUUUACCCUUUCUAAUCUCAUAGCUUCUACAGAUUGUAAAUUAAAAAUAAAAUGUUUUGCUAAAAUAAUUAUUACAUUAUUGAUUGAUAGAUUGACUAUGGCUUUUCAAAUCACCCAGUAUUGCUAUCUGCAGAGUUAGUUCUAGGCAAAUGUUGCAUUUUUUCAGCCAUUCCUGGACCUGUGACCAAAAACGAGCUACAUAUCGAAUGACUGCCUCCUCACAGCAGAAUCUGCAGAGCUGGGAAGAUUGUAUCCCCCAUAUAUAUAUAACAUUCUAUUAGUUGCAAGAAUUUUGUAUAUUCAUUUAAAUGUAAAAAUUCAAAGUUUUGCAUCUGGCGUUUUGCGUAUCAAUUCAUAAACCAUGUGCCAUGGAAUGGGUACAUCGAAAAUCUC